GAUUCCAAGAUGAACUCAAACCCCUCCAACUGUCUGAUGACAUUUCCUUACCAAGUCCAGGAGAUGCAGCUCUCUCCCAUGAUUCCUUAUUGUCCUUAAUAUUCUACCCCUCUUAGGGAAAUGUCUACAGGAUAGCCCCAUUAUCCCUAGUUCACCUCAACCUCCUUCCAUGAUUUCUCAGAGCGUUUACAACAAGUAAUCUUUUUGUGACCCUUCAGUAGUUAUCAGGGAGAGUUUUUGGAGACCUUUUUCCCCAACCUUACCUCCAUUUUCCUCAUCUGGAUACCAUUGUGUUCUUUUCCCUUUCCUUUUAACAGUGUUUUCUGGUGAGCCAUCAUUGCCAUUUGCAUUUGGCUUAAUGUGUAAUUCGGUCUAUUAUCCAUCUGUCUUUAAUAGUCCCUAGUGACUUCUAUUAUAUCUCUCUUCAGCAUAGUGUUUGGUGACCCUUUGUGAAUUUAUCACAGUCUGGUGAUCUCUAUUAGUUAUCUGACAGUGCCUUUAAUUCUACCAUCAGCCUUACAGCUCAGUACUCUGAGAUACUCACAGUGCCUUUUAGGAUCAUGGUACAGUCUCCAUUUCCUCCAAACUAAAGACAAGAUUUGAUGAUCAUCCAUUUUUCCAUUCCCUGUCUGUAACUCUUUUCACUAUACUAUCUGAUCACUCCGUUCUUCAUUGAAAGUCAGGGCAGCCUGUUCAUUCCCAUUACGUGUCUGAACCUUCGUUCUCCAGUGCAGUACAUACUGACUUCCCCAUUAGUCACCAGAAGAAUUUUGUGUACUGUACCCUCUAGGACAGUUGUGCACUGCCUCCUCACUGCAGUGAGUCUGAGAUCUUGGCACUCAGCUGUGAGAUAAGCAAUAGCAGAUUCUGAGCAGAGAAGGGAGUCCUAUGGCACCUGCCUAGUCCUACCUCAGCCGAUCUUGACAAAAGCAGGUUCCAUGGAACCACCACGAGGCCCUCCUGCUAGUGGGGCUGAGCCAUCUCGGGCAGUUGGCACUGUCAAAGUGUACCUGCCUAACAAGCAACGCACAGUGGUGACUGUCCGGGAUGGCAUGAGUGUCUAUGACUCUUUGGACAAGGCCCUCAAGGUACGGGGUCUCAAUCAGGAUUGCUGCGUGGUCUACAGACUCAUCAAAGGAAGAAAGACAGUCACUGCCUGGGACACAGCCAUUGCACCCUUGGAUGGUGAAGAGCUCAUUGUGGAGGUACUAGAAGAUGUGCCACUGACCAUGCACAAUUUUGUACGGAAGACAUUCUUCAGCUUGGCCUUCUGUGACUUCUGCCUUAAGUUUCUGUUCCAUGGUUUCCGCUGCCAAACCUGUGGCUACAAGUUCCACCAGCAUUGUUCCUCCAAGGUCCCCACAGUCUGCGUUGACAUGAGUACCAACCGCCGACAGUUCUACCACAGCAUCCAGGAUUUGUCUGGAGGCUCCAGGCAGCAGGAGGUUCCCUCAAAUCUCUCUGUGAAUGAGCUGCUAACCCCCCAGGGUCCCAGCCCCUGCACCCAGCCCCGUGACCUGGAGCACUUCUCCUUCCCUGCCCCUGCCAACCCCCCACUGCAGCGCAUCCGCUCCACAUCUACUCCUAACGUCCACAUGGUCAGCACCACAGCUCCCAUGGACUCCAGCCUCAUGCAGUUCACUGCUCAGAGCUUCAGCACCGAUGCUGCUGGUAGAAGUGGUGAUGGAGCCCCCAGGGGUAGCCCUAGCCCAGCUAGUGUGUCCUCAGGGAGGAAGUCCCCACAUUCCAAGUCACCUUCAGAGCAGCGAGAGCGGAAGUCCUUGGCAGAUGAAAAGAAAAAAGUGAAGAACCUGGGGUACCGGGACUCAGGCUAUUACUGGGAGGUGCCACCUAGUGAGGUACAGCUGUUGAAGAGGAUCGGGACAGGCUCUUUUGGCACUGUGUUUCGGGGGCGUUGGCAUGGCGACGUAGCUGUGAAAGUGCUCAAGGUAGCCCAACCUACUGCUGAACAGGCCCAGGCCUUCAAGAAUGAGAUGCAAGUGCUCAGGAAGACACGACAUGUCAACAUUUUGCUGUUCAUGGGUUUUAUGACCCGGCCAGGGUUUGCUAUCAUCACACAAUGGUGUGAGGGUUCCAGCCUAUACCACCACCUACAUGUGGCUGACACGCGCUUUGACAUGGUCCAGCUCAUUGAUGUGGCCCGGCAGACUGCCCAGGGCAUGGACUACCUCCAUGCCAAGAACAUCAUCCACCGAGAUCUCAAGUCCAACAAUAUCUUCCUACAUGAGGGACUCACAGUCAAGAUUGGUGACUUCGGCCUGGCCACGGUGAAGACACGGUGGAGUGGGGCCCAGCCCUUAGAGCAGCCCUCAGGGUCUGUGUUAUGGAUGGCAGCUGAGGUGAUCCGUAUGCAGGACCCGAACCCCUACAGUUUCCAGUCGGAUGUGUAUGCCUAUGGGGUUGUGCUGUAUGAGCUUAUGACCGGCUCAUUGCCCUAUAGCCACAUCGGCAGCCGUGACCAGAUCAUCUUUAUGGUGGGCCGUGGCUAUCUGUCUCCGGACCUCAGCAAAAUCUUCAGUAAUUGCCCCAAGGCCAUGAGGCGCCUGCUGUCUGACUGCCUCAAGUUCCAGCGGGAGGAGCGGCCCCUAUUUCCCCAGAUCCUGGCCACGAUCGAGCUACUGCAGCGGUCACUCCCCAAGAUUGAGCGGAGUGCCUCCGAACCCUCCUUGCACCGCACCCAGGCUGAUGAGUUGCCUGCCUGCCUUCUCAGCGCAGCCCGCCUUGUGCCUUAGGCGCCACUCCCAGCCACCAGGGAGUCAAUUUCAGCCUGCUAUGCCAAGGCACCCCUUCUUAUCAGCCAGUCAUUGUUCUGCCUCUGCCUUGAUACUGCCUCAGGAUUCCCUAUCCCACACCCUGGGAAAUUUGGGGAACCCCAAAGACUGGGAUCCCUGGCUUCCUCUGUAAUUUGUUUUCCUCUUGGCUUUGGGGACAUUUCUAAUUUGGAGAACUGUUUCAUCUCCAACGGCUGGGAUUCAUGGCAAGGAUUCUGCUCAGAACCUCUUUCUAAAGUUUUUGCCUGAUGUGUCUUCACUGGAUUUUGGGGUUCCCAGCACCCCAUAUGGAUUUGGAAGUUUCCCUUUGUCUCCCCCACUAUUCAAGGAUUCUCUUUACCAAGAAGCACAGAAUUCUGCUGGG